AUGGAAUAACCACUCCUACCUUAAAAGAGCUUUGAAAAGAACAAAAAGUUCAUUUUUUAUGUUAUACUCUAUGGAAUCACAACUCAAUGCAUGAAUCUAAGUAUCCUUGGGCCUUUCUUCCCUGUAUAGGCUAAGGAAUAUGAUAUCUCAGAAACGAUGAUCGGACUCAUAUUUAGUGGCUUCCCUCUAGGUGCCAUAGUUUGCACCCUAUUUAUUCGUAAAUGGAUGAACAUGAACCGUAAAGUCUUUAUGAUUUGCGGAAUUGUUUUCUAUGUACUUGGAAUGGUAGGAUUCGCUUCCGCUUUUUACAUAGAAAAUAAGGAAUUUAUUAUUUCCAGCUCAAUUUUUUGCCGUUUUCUAAUGGGAAUAGGUAUGAGUAUGUAUGACAAUCCUUCUCUCUCAUUCAUUCCUUUGCUCUUUAAACACAAAAUUGACAGAAAACUAAGCAUUAUUGAAGGAAUGCAAAAUAUUGGAUUCAUGUUGGGACCUCUUCUUGGAACUCUUUUGUACAACAUAGGAGACUUCUAAACUCCAUUCUUUGUGUUGGCUGGUAUCUAAUCUGCCACUCUUCCCUUGCUUUUGAUUUUAUUUCCUAAAUAAUCAGAGAUAACUGAAUUUAUUAAUGACAGUAUUUUACUUACAUAAUAAGCUCUCAAAUAUAGAUCCACUUAUGAAAGCUAAGGUUAAAAUAGCAUUUGCUCUGAAAGAGAAGAGGAAAAGGUAAAUAGAAAUUCUAAUGAUGACAAUAGUAACAUCUCAAACUACAGUAGUAGUCUUUCAAGAGGUAACUUGAGUAGCAUGUUUGAAAAGGUUUCAUACAUAUACUCUAUAUCCCACUUUUAAGUCUUUUUGAUAUUCAUAAUGAUAUUUUUGACAGCCAGUGGUUUUUUGUUCUUAGACUCAGCAUAUGCACCAUUCCUUGAAACUGAAUUUGAUCUUGACUAGGAUAUAAUUAAUUACAUAUUUGUGGGUUCUUAUACAUGUUCUAGUUUAUCAGCCCUAAUUGUCUCAUUCUUCACUCAUUCAAGACCUAGCAAUUAUAAAAUUAUGCUCUCAGGCUUCUUUAUUGGGUUUUUGAGCUAUUUCUUUAUUGGGCCCGCAUAAUUCUUCCAUUUUCCUAAAAAUCUUGCCAUUACUAUAUUCUUUAGAUACGUCAUUGCGUGCUGCUAAUCUGUCGUGUAUAUUCCAGCAAUUAAGGAAUUCUAUUUUACCAUUUCAUCUAUAUACAUGAAUAAAGUAGACGAUGACCAAACAAUUGGUAACAUGGCCAGCACACUUUAUGUAAUUUCAAUGUAAAGUGGAGAAUUUAUCGGUCCUAUUGCAGGACAAGCUCUUGUUGAAUGCCUUAAUUUCUAGAUGACCUCUGCCUACAUAGCUAUACUUGGAAUAGUUGGAAUAAUUUUUGUUUAUCUUUUCAAAAAAUUAUUCAAAUAAUUCGAGUUUAAAAAGAAACAUUUUGAAUACUUCUAAGUCAAAUAAAGAAUUGCAGAUAUAAGUUCCAAUCCUUUGUUUGAUACUUUUCAACAUGAAAGAUGUAGCAGUAAUGCUUCAUCUAAUGCAACUAAUAGUAGCAAAGAAUACUCCAAAAUAUGA